AUGAAGUCGGUCCUAAAAAUUGUCGUUCUGUUGACCAUUCUGUGCUUAAUGAUCUUAGAGCCCAGUAGCCCAGUCGUCUUCAAGCUGACAAAUGUCAUUUGCAGCAGCUAUAAUAUAACCUGGGUUAGAAUCAAUCAAUGCCGAUUGAAGGCGAUCAAUCGCCAUAGGACUGUGUUCAAUUUCAAUGCCACCUUCCUGCAUCCAACUAAGGAUAUGUCAAUCACACCUGUCCGCUGCAAGUGAGUCUGUGUCCAAUUCAGUUAUCUAUAUAUUAUAAUAUUUAUAUUACAUUUGACCACGGAUGUUAUGCGACUUCCCCUGCCCACGGGUGAUUAUUUACUGGCCAUCGACUGGCUGUUUUGAAAGCCCCAAUUUGCCACAAAUGUUAGUUUUCAAUUUAUUGAGGACAUACUGUGACUGAUAUCAUUUUCUAAAUAACUCGAAAUUUAAAUGUAUUAAAGUCCUCUAUACUUUACAGUGACUUAUAU